CUUCCUUUUGUUAAUUUAAACUUAGUUUUCUAAAAAAUUACAAAAACACACACAAACUCUCACUCCUUUUCACGCGAAAAUACCGCUCUUUUCUCUUUUCCCCACCUUUUUUUUUUGUGUGUGUGUUUGUGUUCUUCUCUUUCAUUUUUAGCUUUCAAAUUUUUUUUUCAUUUCUCAAAUGCUGCUGCAUUCCUUUCCCUUCUUUGAAAAAAAACAUGGAGAAUUGAACUCUUUGUUUUGUGUCUAAGUGUGUUUUUUGGAGUUGUUUGUUACUCUUUCAAGUAAAUUUGAGUUGAAUGUUUUGUGUUGGGUGUCAAGGCUAAACUGAAGAGUCUGGGGUUGUUUUUUUUCUUUUUUUUGGUUUUUUGGUGGGUUUUCUUCUAUUGGGUUUUUAUUUUUGUUUUGGAUUUUCUCAUUCUUCUUAAUAUUUGCUAUGGAUUACUGUUUUGAGUUGAUUUCUUGCGUUGCAUGUUCUUUUCUUUGAAUGCCAUUUAAUUUUAGACCUAUUUUCUAAUCUGGGUUUAUGUCAUUUUGUGUUGUUUAGUUUUCUUAGAAUCAAGUUGUUUUUUUCAGUUUAAAACAAAAGGGUAUCUGUUUUCAUGGGAAUUCCAUGCUUUCUCUUGCUUGGUAAAUUUUGAUUAUUAAUUUUGUUUUAAAAAACUGAUCUUUUUGGGUGUUUUAUGGCGACAUGAAGUGUUAUUUAGACAAGGGAAUUUAGUGUGAAGAUUACUUGCAAAAUGGGAUUAGUUCCAGGUGAUAUCCAGGUGGGGCCUUGGAAUGUUGAAAAUUCCAAAGGGAAAAAGAAGAAAGAUAGUGAAGAUGGUGAGCCUGGAUGUUGGUUUAAGUUUAGGUUUAUGGGAAACUGCUUGUCUCCAAGAACCAAAAUGGAGGGUUCCACUAGUGGAACCAGCACUCCAUAUGCUGAAAGUAAAUCAACAAACGAGUCAAAUGAAACCACAAAUAAGUCAAAUGACACCAGCAGAGGUCAGCCAGUUGUUCCAGUUGUGACAUCUUCAACUACUACCAAUGCUGGAAGUACUCCAUCGACUCCAAAUAUAAGUGAGGAGCUUAAAAUUGCUUCGCAGCUUAGAAAGUUCUCCUUUAACGAUCUUAAGUUAGCAACAAGGAGUUUUAGACCAGAGAGUCUUCUUGGUGAAGGUGGGUUUGGUUGUGUAUUCAAAGGUUGGAUCAGUGAGAAUGGAAAUGCUCCGGUGAAACCAGGCACAGGGUUGCCUGUGGCAGUCAAAACCCUUAACCAUGACGGACUUCAGGGCCAUAGAGAAUGGCUUGCUGAAGUUAAUUAUCUCGGCGAUCUCCUUCAUACUAAUUUGGUCAAAUUGAUCGGUUAUUGCAUUGAGGAUGAUCAAAGACUACUUGUCUACGAGUUUAUGCCUCGAGGAAGCUUGGAGAAUCAUCUCUUCAGAAGGUCCAUGCCUCUUCCUUGGUCCACCCGAAUGAAAAUUGCACUCGGUGCUGCAAAGGGUCUUGCUUUUCUUCAUGAGGAGGCUGAACGGCCUGUAAUAUAUCGAGACUUCAAAACAUCGAAUAUAUUGUUAGAUACGGAUUACAAUGCCAAACUUUCUGACUUUGGACUUGCUAAAGAUGGUCCAGAGGGAGAUAAGACUCAUGUAUCUACUCGUGUAAUGGGAACCUAUGGCUAUGCGGCACCUGAGUAUGUUAUGACAGGUCAUCUUACAUCAAAGAGUGAUGUAUAUAGCUUCGGGGUGGUACUGCUUGAGAUGUUGACUGGCCGAAGAUCCAUGGACAAAAACCGACCAAAUGGGGAGCAUAACCUGGUGGAAUGGGCUCGUCCCUAUCUUGCAGAGAGACGAAGAUUUUAUCGACUUAUAGAUCCCCGCCUUGAAGGGCACUUCUCGAUAAAAGGUGCUCAGAGAGCUAUUCAAUUGGCGGCCCAUUGCCUUAGCCGCGAUCCGAAAGCCAGGCCUUUGAUGAGUGGAGUUGUUGAAACCUUAAAGCCUCUGCCAAAUCUCAAGGACAUGGCUUGUACUUCUUCCCAGUUCCAAGCCAUGCAAAUUGAGCGCAUGGCAUCGACAUCAAAAUCUAGAACUGGAACUAGAGCUCCGGCAGCAUUGUCAAUAAGGAAUGGACAACCUACAAGGAGCCCUCUCACUCAGAAUGGUCCGCAGAUCUCCCCAUAUCAUAACAACCUUCCUUACCGGUCACCAAAACCUAAUGCUGGCCAACCUUUGCGUUGAGUAUAUGCUUACCCCAGCCUGUUUGGAUUUCAGUUACAUGUUUUUGAUCUGGGGAUUUAAGUAAAACAUUGGGAAAAUGAACUUGAGGCAUGAGUUUGCAAGUUCAUGCUGACAUGUUAUUUUCCUAACACUGAGUAAUUUAUGGCCAUUGCUUCCCGAUAUGGUGGUGAUCAAUUAGAACAAUUCAGAAAAAAAGAAAUUGCAGGUCUUUAGAAUAAAAGAAAAAUGGUUUGCUGUCCA